GGGGAUCCUCAGAGCUGUACCUGCACCUAUAAGCCCUCCCUGCUAACAGAUUGCAUACAACAGCUCCGCGAGGACCUUGCCAUCUUAGUGAGCCAUCUUGUGUUGAAAGCAGCGCGAAUCUCGGCCUAUCGACAGCAUGAGCCUGGCGACCUCGAUGCCCGCCCAGGGCAGGGCCGCGGUGCCCACGUUGGCUGAGCCUGAGUCCGAGCCGGGAACGGGCAACGUGACCCCGCGAGCGACAGCAGACGGAGAAGAAAAGAAAAAGAAGCGCAGCUUGUUCGGUUUUGGGAAGAAGAAGGCAGACGAUUCGGCGAAGUCGCAAUCCAAGCCCACUUCCACGGGCAAGCCCGCGCCGACUACCGGUCGGGCAAAUACUACAUCACCCAUCCAAACAGAUCACAGGCGUAUGCAGCCCUCCUCGCCAGGGCGUUCCGGGUUUGCCUCUUCGCCGCGCCUCUCCUCUCCCGCCGGAAGCCAAAUAUUCGAACGAGACGUGCAAGAGAAUCUGAUCCCCAACUCACCCGCGAUCCCCUCGCACAUCCAGACCGAGAACUACAUCCCGCCCGUCCUCGACGCGUCCUCCGAAGCCAUCACCGACGACCACCUGGACCCGGACAACGUCGAAAUCAUCACGCACACGUCCCACCAGCCCGCGUCGCUCGCCGUCGCGGGCGGCAUCGGCCUCGUGCCGCACGAGCCCUCGUGGGCCGACGAGCUGGCCGCCUUCUCGGCGCAACGGACCACGGCUGCGACGGCGCCGGCGACCGACACGGCGUCCAACUACGGCAGCUUCGACACGACCGACGUCCGCCGUCUGAGCUUCAUCUCGUUUGCCGACGUCGUCCAAGCCGAGCAGGCGCAGUACCCCGCCGGCGCCGGCUCGCGCGACAGCAUGCACCUCGCCGGCCUGACGUCCCUCGCCUCGAUGGGCGGGGGGCGCAACAACCGCUCGCCGUCGCCCAUCCGUUCCCCAGUCUCUAGCGCCGGCGGGCCGGGAACCAGCAGCCCGCCCACGAGCAAGUCCGGGUCGGUGAAGGGCCUGGAGAUGUCGCCCAGUCGCAAACCUCUCGGGAGUCCGACCAGCAUGAUGAGCAUGCAGCACGGUAGCCUGGCGCUGGGUGCGGGGGGUCCGACGGUGAGCGGGGAGAUUGCCAUCGAGACCAUGUCGCAGGCGCUGAGGAGGACGGGGAGCGGGGAUCUGAGCAGUGGUGGCGGAGUGAGGAGUUUCCCGGCGAGUCCUAUUUAGUCACCAUGACGAGGAGUCGGAGAGGGAGGAAAGGAGAGGUGAUGUGCGUGUGCGGCUGAUAAGUCUAAGAGGUGACGAGGGGCAGACUGUCUGCUUUGCCUAGGGUGAAGAGGGGAAGUGAUACAAGAACGAGGGAGGGUUGGCAUAUGUCACGGUUGGGUCCCUAAGUGGGAGAGGGUUGUCGCCUUUCCAUAGGGGCAGACCCGGGAAGAGGUUGUAGAGCGUUGUGUUGCGGGCAGCAAUUUCGCAGGAUACCCAGCCAGCCAGCUGACAACGCGAUGGGAUACAGCGGGUAAAGCGAGUAUGGAGUGGGCGGGACGGGCUUCGUGCUUUACUUUUGCUUUACUUUUCUGGCCUAUUACCGUUGGAGAAAUGGAGUUCUGGUUCCCUUGCUGUCUCGACUUCUGUUCUUUCCGCUGUCUCCUAUUUUGCGUCCGAAUUACCAAAGGCUCUACCUAGCAGAGUCAAACUCUCCUAAG